AUGCCGCAUCCAACAAACCCACCGGACCCAACUCCAAAGCAUUUUAUCUACUUCCCAUGCGGCCACCGGCUGAUCCAUGUCCCGGAAUCCUCUAAUCACACGACCGCCAAGCUCAAGAAAGGCACAACAUGGACUAAGAACCCCGAUGGAACACUCACCGGUAAAUCAGCCCACCUAUUCUGCCCGAAUUGCAGCUCCUCCCUCAGCACCAAGGUCAACAGCCCCCCGUCAUACACGCUGUCCUGCGGACAUGCCGAGACCCACGACGACUGCCUACAGGUGUGGUGGGCGCUACAGGACGCUGGACUCGUAGCACCAACACAGUCUUACACCAUGCGCAACACAGCAUGCAGGGGCUGCGAGACGGAUGCGAAUCGCGUCGUGACUCCGCGGCUAUUGGACUGGCUAAAGAAGGGGGACGAGUUUCACGAUGGGCGAGAUGCCAAGCAGGGUGGCCCGCAGCCCGUCUUCGCAGUCGAGCUCCCUGAGCUAGCACGCGUGCUCGUCUACGCGCAGCAGACCCGGGCCACGCAGCGCGAGAUCUGGCCGCAACACCGCCGCUUCUGGGCCCAGGUCUGCACCCGGCACGUGGCACCCUCAAUUCUCCUGCGCUUCCUGCCCAUAGUCGCCCGCUUCUGGGGCAUGGACACCAUGCUGGACCUCGGAAUGGCGGCCGGGUACGAGUACUACGGCAGCCUGCGGCGGCUGGUGGAGCCGGACACGGCCACGCGGUCCGCCGUGGCCGGGGCCGACGACGUGCUGCACCGCGUGCACCUCAUCGAGACCCUGUGGGCCAAGCUGGAUGGGGUGCUGCAGGACAUGGAGAUGCGGGCGGAGCCGUACAAGGGCGAGCGGGAGCGGAAGGGGCCCGCCCGCGCCGUCGCCGUCGCCCGCCGCUUCAAUGCCCUAUUCCUGGUCGACAUCGACCUGCCGCGCCGCGACCCGGGCCCCAUGCUCGAGGCCGGGCGCGCGCUCGAGAGCGCCGUGUGCCAGUCGUGGCACAGCCCGGCGGCGCGCGUCAACGCUGCCGAGGCCGAGCUCAUCAAGGGCUGCACGCGGCUCGAUCGGGCCAUACGCGAGAUCGAGCGCUGGGCCAAGACGGACGUCCCCUUCGGCGGGACCGACCUCGAGGCCGUCGUCCACUGCCUGGGCCGCGCGAGGGAGGAGGCCCUGCGCCUCUGGAUCGGGAACACGGGCAUCAUCCUCGGGAUGGUGGCCAAGUUCAAGACGGGGCAGAGGAAAGGGGCAUCAGCGCAGAGUUGA